CGAUACGCUGCUGCUUUUGGCCAUCCGCGCAGCUCCAUCAGGACAUAUUCCAGUUUAGCUUCUCCCAGAGCCGCAACAAGGGAGCCUGAAGCAGCAAUGGCCUCCAAGAUCGACGGCACCGCGCUGGCCAAGCGCAUCCGCGACGGUCUCCGCGCUACCAUCGAGGAGACCAAGAAGACCAACCCGCGCUUCCGCCCCUGCCUCAAGAUCAUCCAAGUUGGUGAUCGAUCCGAUUCCUCUACCUAUGUGCGCAUGAAGUUGAAGGCUGCUGAGGAGUGCGGUAUCGAGGCUGAGCUGAUCAAGUUCGACGAGAAUGCCACCGAGGCCGAGCUUGUUGCCAAGGUGGUGCAGCUCAACAACGACUCGACCGUCCAUGGCAUGCUCGUCCAGUUGCCCCUCCCUAAGCACAUUUCCGAGUAUGCUGUCACAUCGGCCGUUGCCGACGAGAAGGAUGUCGACGGUUUCGGCACCCUCAACAUCGGCGAGCUUGCCAAGCGCGGCGGCCACCCUUAUUUCAUCCCUUGCACCCCCAAGGGUGUCAUGGCCCUUCUUGCCGAGGCUGGUGUUGAGCUCAAGGGAAAGAACGCGGUUGUCCUCGGUCGUAGCGAUAUCGUGGGCAGCCCUGUCAGCUACCUCCUCAAGAACGCCGACGCCACCGUCACCGUCUGCCAUUCCAAGACCGCCGAUCUCCAGCAGUACCUCAAGGAGGCCGACGUUGUUGUUGCUGCCAUUGGCCAGCCUAACUUUGUCAAGGGCGAGUGGCUCAAGAAGGGUGCCGUUGUCAUUGAUGUCGGUACCAACUACGUUCCCGACGAUACAAAGAAGUCUGGCGUCCGCCUGGUUGGUGACGUCGAGUUCGAGUCGGCCUCCCAGGUCGCUUCCGCCAUAACUCCUGUUCCCGGCGGUGUCGGUCCCAUGACGGUUGCUAUGCUUUUGCAAAACGUUGUUGACGCCACUAGUUUCUACUUCGAGAACCAGAAGAAGAGGGGAUCCAUUCCUCUCCCCCUAAAGCUGGCGGAGCCCGUUCCUUCCGAUAUCGAUAUUUCCAGGGCCCAGGUUCCCAAGCCCAUCACUCAAAUUGCCACCGAGAUCGGUCUUGCGCCCUCCGAGCUCGAGCCCUAUGGUGCUUACAAGGCCAAGGUUGACCUCAGCAUCCUUAAGCGCCUUGAGCACCGCCGUAACGGUCGCUAUGUCGUUGUUACUGGUAUUACCCCCACUCCUCUCGGUGAGGGCAAGUCCACCACCACUAUGGGCCUGGCUCAGGCUCUUGGUGCUCACGUUGGUCGUUUGACUUUCGCCAACGUCCGCCAGCCCAGCCAGGGUCCUACUUUCGGCAUCAAGGGUGGUGCUGCUGGUGGUGGUUACAGCCAGGUCAUCCCCAUGGAUGAGUUCAACCUUCACUUGACUGGCGAUAUCCAUGCCAUCACCGCCGCCAACAACCUUCUCGCUGCCGCUAUCGAUACCCGUAUGUUCCAUGAGAACACCCAGAAGGACGGUCCUCUUUACAAACGUCUAGUCCCUGCCAAAAACGGAAAGAGGGAGUUCCCUCCCAUCAUGUUCCGCCGCUUGAAGAAGCUUGGCAUUGAGAAGACGAACCCCGAUGAUCUCACCGAGGAGGAGAUUAGCCGCUUUGCUCGUCUCGAUAUUGACCCCGAGACCAUUACCUGGAGACGUGUUCUGGAUGUAAACGACCGUCAUCUGCGCGGUAUCGUUAUCGGCAAUGCUCCCACCGAGAAGGGCCACAAGCGUGAUACUGGCUUCGACAUUUCUGUUGCCAGUGAAUGCAUGGCUAUUCUGGCCCUCAGCACUAGUCUUGCUGACAUGCGUGAGCGUCUCGGCAGAAUGGUUGUUGCCAGCUCCAAGAGCGGCGACCCUGUCACUGCUGACGACCUUGGUGUUGGCGGUGCCCUGACUGUCUUGAUGAGGGAUGCCAUCAAGCCAAACCUCAUGCAGACCUUGGAGGGCACUCCAGUCUUCGUUCACGCCGGUCCUUUCGCCAACAUUAGUAUUGGUAACAGCUCGAUCCUGGCCGACAAGAUGGCCCUCAAGCUUGCCGGUACGGAGCCCGAUGAGGAUUACGCUACCAAGUCUGGUUUUGUCGUUACUGAAGCCGGUUUCGACUUCACCAUGGGUGGCGAGCGUUUCUUCAACAUCAAGUGCCGCACCUCCGGCCUCAUGCCUGACGUUGUUGUUGUUGUCGCUACUAUCCGUGCCCUCAAAGUUCAUGGUGGUGGUCCCCCGAUCUCGCCCGGUGCGCCGCUCAACCCUGUGUACAAGGAGGAGAAUGUUGAGAUCCUGCGCGCUGGUUGCGUCAACCUCGCCAAGCACAUCCAGAAUGCCCGUUCGUAUGGUGUCCCUGUCGUCGUUGCCAUCAACAAGUUCUCGACUGAUACCCAGGCCGAGAUUGACGUUGUUCGCGAGGAGGCCAUCAGGGCCGGUGCCGAGGACGCCGUGCUCGCCAACCAUUGGGCCGAGGGUGGUAAGGGUGCUGUUGACCUCGCUCAGGCCGUCAUUUCUGCUAGCGAGAAGUCUACCCCUGAAACUCAGAAGCUUCUAUAUGAGGUUGAGGGCAACACCGUCCAGGAGCGUAUCGAGAAGAUCGCUCGUGAGAUGUACGGUGCCGCCAGCGUCGAGUUCAGUGAGCUCGCCCAGAAGAAGGUCGAUACCUAUACUCGCCAGGGAUUCGGCAACCUGCCCAUCUGCAUCGCCAAGACCCAAUAUUCACUCAGCCACGACCCCGAGCUUAAGGGUGCCCCCACCGGCUUCACUGUCCCCAUCAGAGAUGUCCGUAUGGCCGCUGGCGCCGGGUAUCUCUACGCUUUGGCUGCCGAUAUCCAGACUAUUCCUGGUCUGCCUACGGCUCCUGGCUACUUUAAUGUGGACGUGGAUACCGAGACUGGUGAGAUCCAGGGUCUGUUCUAGAAGAUUUGAGUUUAGUUCAAAGCUGGUUGUUUCGCCUUGCAACCAUUUCUUGUCGGUUUCGCUCUAGAUAUAUUCGUCCUUUGCCUGGGUACAUGAGUUUGGUGUUGCGGUUUGGGUAUAUAAUGCAUUCACGAUCAACUCAAGGGUGCGGUAGAACCGGUUUUGGAGUAUGUGUACGCCGGUAGUCUCUGUUCUUGUCUUUUAACAACACACACGGAAUGGCGGCGCCACGGUGUACGGAUUCAAAAAGAAGAAAGGGGCGAGCCAAAUCAGAUGGGGGCAUCGUCGUGCGUAUAUGAUAUCAUGUUUUGUUUUUGUUAGGUUCCAUACAUGAAAUAAGAGGCCACGUUGAAUUCACCGCGUUGCGCCAUCCUGUGCUGA